GCAGUUAAGAUAACUGUCGGAUGGGGUGCGAGUCCCACUAAUUGCAGGUCUUGUGCGCGGCACAGAGCCGUCCCUUCGGCAUCACCCGCUGCUCCAAAGCGGAUCUCGGGAGCGGCAGCGGGAGCCGGGCGCAGGCUGCCCACGGAGCCUCCCCGCUCCCGGCCGGGAGGAGAUGUCUGGCCGGUCGGAUGGAGCGGGACGUCUGAAAGCUCUGAAAACUCUCUGAAAGCUGCCUUAAAUAAUUAUAAUCACAUAUUACAACCACAGUACUGAAUCCACAAGGCGAUGUGAUUGAAGUGUACUAUGGUGACAAUCGCUUCGGGACGAUGACCGACUCUGGCACAGCAACACUUAAACCUCGUCCGAGAGUCCGGCCGCUGCUGACUUUCUUACCCCUUAACGCCCAGGAAUCCCACGGGGUGGCUGUGCCAACACCGUCGGUGCCAGAAGACUUUGAGGAAAAAGCAGCUCUUGGCUCCGGCUCCCAAAUCAAUGGCAACUACCGAAUGUACAGCUCGGUGGGGGACCUGCGCCCCCAGGCUCUCGAGGGGGAUGACCUGGAUGAAGACAUCCCUCCACCUCCAUCAGUACCCCCACCACCUCCUCCAACAGCACCGGUGCCUGCGCCACCACGGCCAGACUCACCAGUCCCUCCACCGCCUGAGACGGUGCCGCCACCACCGCCGCCACCCGAGAUAGUGCCGCCACCUCCUGCCAUGGCAGCUCCACCGCCUCCGGCCUCUGCCCUGUCCUCCCCUGGCACACCAGCUCCUCCAGACUUCAUCCCGCCAGCCCCGCCGGGUGCCUCGCCGCUCAGCCGGGCCCCAGCACCCUUCACCACCGGCAUCUCCAAGUGGAAGUCCGAGACGGUGCUGAACACGAGGCAGGCGGAUGCCGAGGGGCCGCUCUGCGCGUCCGAGGCUGGGGUGCCGGCUGCCCCUGGCCCAAAGGAGAGCCUGCAGCCCAAGCACUGCCCCGAGCCCCACCUCACCUUCCCCAGGUCCUUCAAGGUGCCCCCACCGGCCCCAGCCCGCUCCUCCUCCAUCCCCACGCAGGAGAGCCAGCCCAUCCCCAAGCAGCCUCACGCCCGGCCUCCCCUCCCACCCUGCUUCACCAUAAGACCCGCGGCCAAGGCUCACGCAGGAGAAGCCAAGCAAAGAAAUUCCCCGCUGAGACAGGCUGUCGCGAAGCCGGCUGUGCCGACUCCCCCGCCGCUGAGCCCCAAGCCGGGUCUAGGGCUCAGCCAAGGGUCGAAUCCUGCCGGUCGCCGGUCUCCGUUGCCAGGUUCUGAGAUGGAGAGGGUUCCCCAGCCGAAAACAGCCGAGACACACUCGCCUCCAAAAUCUGAAUCUCUCUCUGCAAAUGACCUGGACCUCCCCCCUCCGGACUACCCGACCUGCGAGGACGACUGGAGGGACGCCAACAACCUGAACAGGCUGCGGCACGAGCUCUCGGCCCUCCUGCGCUCCCCACGGAGGGAGGAGAGGCCGCUGGAGAAGCCGGCUGCAAGCCGGCCCGCAGACGGCGGUGCCGGCAGUGCCGACCGUGCCGGCAGCCAUGGGCCCAGUCUCAAUGGGCCCCAACUCAAUGGACCUGCUGGGAAGGAUGUGCAGCUACCCACGGGAGGGGACAGCGAGAAGAAAGAGGUGUCCAGCAGCCCCCCCAGUGCCAAGGGGGGCUCUCCCGGCACGGCUCUCCCCGCUCCAGAGAGCUGCCCUGCCACGCAGACCUGCAGCGUGAUGAAAAUCAGGAACGAGCUGGAGGCUGUGCUGUCCCAGAAGAAAGAGGGGAAACCUGCCCUGGGGCUCAGCAGCCAGAAGCAGAUCACUGAGAAUGGCAGCAGCACCCCACGUAUGAGGAAGAGCCCCCCUGACCUGAGGAAGAGCCCCCCUGACCUGAGGAAGAGCCCCCCUGACCUGGGUGACUCGAUGCUGCCGAAACCAGCCCCAAGCCCGGUCCCAGCACCAGCAGCUGCAGUGGAGAAGGAUGAGACGGGGUAUGAGGACCAUCCUGCUCCUGCCACUAGCAAGGCCACAGAGAACCUGGCCCCUGCUCCUGGGUCCCCUGACAGCAGUGUGAGCCCCCCAGACCCACCUCAGGGACCGGCAGAGGAGCCCCUGACUCCCACCCCGCCCUUGCCCCCCAUUUCUCCCACACAGAGCCCAGGACCGCAGCCCCACCCGGCCGUCUUCCAGUACAAAGUGCACCGAGCUGGGACUAGCCCAGCCGAACCACCCCGUGCCUUGAGCUCGGCUGAACCACCCAGCCCCGCCAGCUCAGCCAGGAGCCCGCAGGGCACCUCGGGAGCGGGGCAAGAGGAGGUGCUGAUCCACCCCGUGACGGGCGAGCGGGUGGAGCGGGGCUCCCCCAUGGCACUGCUCCUGGCAGCCCGGCAGCGUGCCCAGCGGGGCCGGCAGGGUGGUGAGGUGGGAGCCGCACCGCGGGCGAAGCCGCCCCCGAAACUCAGCAGCGCCUCGUCGGACACCACCUCCACCAGCUUCUACCGCCACGAGUCCAAGCCCUACUCCUUCACCGUGGUGCCCCGGCUGCCCACGGCGGGUACAGCGGGGUCAGGAUGGAACAAACCUCUGUCCUUCUCCAGCUCCUCGGAGCAGGGCCGGGACGUGCGGGCGGUGGGCGAGGAGCAGCCCCCAACCCUCCCUGGGCACCGGCAGACCCCUGCCUCCAGCCUGCUGCGGAGCCUCCUCGAGCCCGGGCAGCCGGACCAGCCCGGCCGUGGCAUGCCCAGGGAGGAGGAGGAGAACAGGGAGGCAGCACUGGACUAUGGGAUUAUCCCCCCACCCCCCGAAUUCAGCAACGAGGUGGACGAGGCCAAGGGCCCCCUCCCAAGCCAGGAGGAGAACCGCAAGUGCCCCAGCUUCCCCGACUGCAGCCGGGGCUCGGAGGCGCCGCGGUAUUUCAGGUGGCCGGGCUACGGCCGCAGCUACGGGGGCAGCCAUGAGCUGCCGUCCCUGCUGCCCUCGGAGAAGAGCAGGAGGAAUAGCGACUUCACGCCUCAGUACCCAGAUUACAGCAGCUCUGUCGGUUACUUCAGCCGCUGCCCGAACCCCCGCCCGCUGAUCAAGAAGCGCCUGUACGUCUCUGAGUCCGACAGCUCCUACCCCCGGGCAGCUGCAGCCCCCCGGGGCACGGGCACCCACUCCUCCUACGGCCCCGGGGGGUACAGCUCCCCGGCCGGGGAGGGGGUCCGCCGCCUCAGCUCUGCCCACAGGAACGGCCCCAUGAGCGCUCAGGGCAGGCGGACGUCCCUCGAUGCUGCUGGAAAAGCCGCACCGCACAGCGGUGCCGGGGCUGACGCCAAGUACAAGGGGCAGAACGGGGAUUUCUCGCCUGCCAGCGUGGUGGCAGCCAGCAGACCUGUCCUCGGCAGCUCGCAGUAUGGCAGACCUACCAACACCUUCACGGUCAGGCCCGGGGCACGGCAGCCCAUCUCCUACGCCUACCAGAGCGGCCACCGAUAGGCUUGUCCGCAGGGCGGCUCCGGCUCCGCCGCCUGCCUCCGGCUGGGACGGGGUGAGAAGGCGCCUGGGUCGGUCGAUUCCUUCUCCGUGGGCACCAGGGACGGUCCCAACCUGGCCAGCAAACACUGCUUGAAACUACUGAUGGAGAAGGUGGGGAGUGAAUGUGGGACUUGGACUCUUAACAGACUGUCACGGAGAGCUGUUACUUCAGACGACAGGCUGCUGUCUCGUUACGUGAGCAAACACGGUUUUCCUUCUCCUAUAUCCCCCCCAUGUUAUUUUCAAAAUUGCAGCCUGAUAGGUCUUCUAGGAAAGCCAAAAAGCAUCCUUAGUUCUCUUUAAAGAGCAUCACCACUGGAGAGAUUGUUUUCAGUUUGUUUUUUUUUUAAUUGGUUUAAAUCCAACCUGCUUGGGAUUGGCAAAAACCAACGGGGAGACGUGCAUAAUGGAAGCAAGCCAUUGUACAGCUGAACGUAGGGGAAUUAAAAUAAGAAUGUGAGGCCAGUGGGAUAGAAAUAGAGUUUGGGAUGUCUAGAUCCUAACCUCUUCUGCCCCCAGCUCCUUUAACAGCCUCCAGCAGAUCAAUGAUGCUGAUGCCUUAAAAGCAGCUCCCGGCUUGCAGCGUCUGUCCGGCCGAGCGGGGCCGCUCUGCAAUGGGGGUCUGAGCCCCCUUCGCCAGGGGGGCAUCUGCAGGGGGGCAGCGACUCGCCCAGGUGCGGUGCUGGUGGUGCUUUCCUCGAGGGGUCUCUUGCCACUUCGUACCCACGUAAACCCCACCUCUAAAACCUAAGCCACGGAGUCCUUAUAAACUGUUAUACUGAGACUUGGCUUUAGUUUGUCUGAUUUGGGGGACUAAGAAGCUAAAUUUCGGUGUGCUUGUAGCGUAUUUGUUGCUCCUGGUGCGUGGAAUGUCUGCAGUGACGUACCCAAGGGACCUGGCUCCCGCGGUUCCCGUGAGCGCUUGCCUGGGCGCGCGUGCGAGCCUGUCCCUCCUGCCGGUGCCUCUCGGACACAGCCAGCCGUGGCUCUGCAGGUGGGUGGGAGCUACGAGUAGCCUUGAAGUGGGUAUUUUAUACCACAGAGUGAGCAGUACAGUCUCACGGUACCUGACCAAAGUUUUCAAUACCCAACCUCCUGAAAUUAGAAACCUAUAAUCUUCCUCAUAGGUAAAAUUGCUGAAAAUCACUGUAAGAUAAGUGUAAAAACUUGUAGAGAAUAUUUUCUAGUCACUGACAAACGAAAAGCACUUUGAGACAUUAGUCUACUUUUAUGCAAAGCACUUUCUCUUUUCAGUACCUUACAAUAUCAUUAGUUCCACUCCAGCUUACCCUGCAUCGCACGCACCUGUGUACGCAAGCAGAUUUUGCUCUACAAGUCAACUCAAAAAUCAGUGGUAAAUUUUCUUUUAUGGUGGAGUUUUCAAAAGAGUUAUCUUGAUAUUAAUGUCAUCUUGCUGACGUUCUACGUUUUGUGUUAUUUCCAACUUUACCUAAUAAUUUAUCAGCUGUUUCAAAUAUUGCAGCAGCUUCAAAGUAUUCUGAGCUUUACGUUGCUGUGAAUAAAAUGAAAACACAAAUACCGCGAUCAAUCUAACGGCUAAUUCCAGUGGCGUUUUGAUGCCAGUAAGUCGCAGUGACUUGGAAGAUUUCCAGACAUGCUCACCCCAGCCAGUAUUGAAAUAACACAUUUUAAAUAUCCCGGUGUCGUUCUUUAACAAAUGCUUAUGGAGAAAAGUGACUAUGGAGUAACUAUCUGGGUGUUUAAGUGUGCCGGUGCCAUGUGGAAUAGCUCCUCCUCCUCAAGGCAUGGAAUUUUCCCCAUGCGAGGAGCAUCUCGAGGAUGCUGAAUUAUCUGUGGAAGUAAAGCCACGCUCAUCCUGUGAGUGGCUUCAGGGUCACGUUUUAGUAUUGGAUGAAGUUUCACCAGUUUAACUUGAAACAAAACAAAGAAGCCCCACUGAUAACGUUGCAACCUAAUUGGUUUUUCUUCCUGAUAUUUCUUUUUUUUUUUUUUCAAAAGAGUAAGUUAUAACUGCAAAUUAAUUCUCAAACGGUUUUAAAUUUAAAGGCUUGUUGGGAGACUUUGGCCUUCAGGAUUGACUUUGCCCAGAAAUGGUGUGCGUGCAAUUUCCCUCCUCAGGAAUUCUCCUGAAUUCAAGUGUAUCCCCACGAGUUUUGGUUUUGGGUUUGGUUUGUUUGUUUGGUCUUGAGCAAAAUGUGAAACUCCAAUGGUGGCACUUGCUUUGAAAUGCACAUUUGCUAUUUCACCCAGACACGCAAUUCACAUGUAGUUGUAAUACGGUGUCAUAUGGUGUGGAGUGUCCUGUUUCUAGCAGAUGUGUAUUUGUUUAUAUUAAAUAUUAGAAGCAUCAUAAUGUAAGGCAUUUUUAUGACCUAGCCAUUAUUCAGUCAAAGAACACCCAUUUUGGGAACGCGUAGUGGUCUAAGCGGUAACUAAACCGGGUAGGAGUCUGCUCAUGGUUGGAAAACUGGUUAGCGUGAAUGUUUUAAGCAGGGGAGCUAUUCUAUUCUUUAAACACUUCGGGCUGUCCUCGCUGCUUUGGAGCGCAUUAAGCAAAAUUCUAGUAUUUCAGCAACAACUAGACGUUUAUGCUGGGGCCAUGGGGAACUGUUCGUGUUACAAAGAAAGCCCUGUCAGAGCUGUUGGCAGCCAAAGCACUUGGGGAGCAAGUUAAAUCCGUAAUGAAGAGCGAGGGCCUCUCGGCUGCUUGGUCAGGUAACUUUGUCAGGACAGCACGUGGAUAAACUCUACCCUGAUUCCAGUUUCUGCUCCUUCUCCCCAGCUCUGUUUCAGUAUAUAAAUUUAGCAAUAGAAGGUGAAGAAACUGCGAGGUAGUAAUGGAGCAAAGCGACCUACCUUACAGCCCAUCUCAGCGCCGAAAGCAAUCUUGACGUCUGACAAUGGAAUUAUUCUCACUUCAAUCCUCUUGCUGCAGCUUGGUCAUUCAGCUCUUGAUAUGACUUAAAUUAUCCCCUGUAGCUGCCUCUUCCUCAAAAGUACCUGUUAAGGUAGUGUAACUGAAAUAGCUUUACUUGUAAAGUGUCAAACAAAGUCUCUUAUUUAUGAGUGCCAUUGAACACCAACUUUCUUGCAUUAAAUAUGUCUGGACGUAUUGUUCUA